AUGAGGUAUUCUCCUUGCUAUAUCAGUGAUUUAGGCUUAUGUAGACCAGUAAAUGAAACAGAUAAUAGUAAAGUCUAUGGAGUAUUGCCUUAUAUUGCCCCGGAAGUUCUCCGCGGAGAACCUUACACCCAAGCUGCUGAUAUUUAUUCUUUUGGCAUGGUGGCUACUGAAGUACUGACUGGUUGCCCUCCUUUUGCUGAGUAUGCUCAUGAUACAGCCUUGGCUUUGAGAAUUUGUGCUGGAUUAAGACCAGAAUUCAAAAUAAAAAUACCCCAAUUAUUAGCGGAUUUAAUUAGCAGAUUUAAAAUUUAUGACGAAAAUGAAUUCGCCUACCAACUCCGAGAAUCAGAAAAAUACAACCAAUCUUUACCGGAAGAAAUCAGAUUUCCAAACUAUAAAUUACAUCCCCAAGCAAUUUAUACUAGUAGACUAAUAGAUACCAAGA